AUGAGACUGAUCGUAACAAAUGACUGAUUUAUGAAUGGUUGGUUAUUGCAAAUCUCAGUCCCUGACUGCUACAGUAGCAACUGCACUUCAUUUGCUCGUUCACUUUUAGUUGGUACAUUAGAUAUUGAACCAGAUAGAACCGGUUUGAAGUCAUUCUGUACUUCCGGAUCCCUGGAAGAGGACACGAGCCUGGACCCGUUACUAGACCCCGUUCAGCAGGCUGCCCGUACCAGAGGUGGUCAAGUAGACUGACUGAAACUUGAGGAAUAUGACCAGCUGCAGUGGGAUCCUGAUAAAAGGGGGGAAGGUGGUCAAUGAGGACCGCUCCGUGAUCAGCGACGUCUACAUUGAAGAUGGACUUAUUAAAGAAGUGGGACCGAACAUCCCGGUGCCCAAAGGGGUGAAGGUGAUCGAUGCCACGGACAAACUGGUCAUUCCGGGGGGCAUCGACUCCCACACCCACAUGGAGCUGGAGUUCAUGGGCUUUAGAGCUGUGGACGACUUCUACACUGGCACAAAGGCCGCCCUGGCUGGCGGCACGACCAUGAUCCUGGACUUCGUCAUCCCCCGGAAGGACACCUCUCUCCUGGAGGCCUACGAAAGGUGGAGGACGAUGGCGGACCCCAAAGUGUGCUGCGACUACUCCCUCCACGUGGCCGUCACGUGGUGGGCAGACACGGUCCAGAAAGAAAUGGAGGUUCUGGUACGGGACAAAGGCGUUAAUUCCUUCAAGAUGUUCAUGGCCUACAAAGACGUCUUCAUGAUCCGGGAUUACGAGCUGCACGCUGCCUUCUCUAAGUGCAGGGAGAUGGGUGCCGUCGCUCAGGUGCAUGCAGAAAACGGAGAUCUCAUAGCGGAGGGGGCCAAGAGGAUGCUGUCCCUGGGCAUCACGGGACCCGAGGGUCACGAGCUGUGCCGCCCCGAGGACGUGGAGGCCGAGGCCACGCAGCGUGCCGUCACCAUCGCCCACGCGGCCAACUGCCCGCUCUAUGUGGUCCACGUCAUGAGCAAGUCUGCUGCUAAGGUGGUGUCCAACGCACGCAGGGAGGGCCGUGUCGUGUACGGCGAACCCAUUGCGGCUGGUCUGGGCUCCGAUGGCACGCACUACUGGCACGAGGAUUGGGCCCACGCAGCCGGAUUUGUUAUGGGCCCCCCGCUGAGACCGGACCCGAGCACCCCUGGAUACCUCAUGGACCUGCUGGCCAACGGCGACCUCAGCGUCACCGGCACCGAUAACUGCACGUUCUCCAUCUGCCAGAAGGCGCUGGGCAAGGACGAUUUCACCAAAAUCCCCAACGGAGUCAAUGGCGUCGAAGACAGGAUGUCGGUCGUGUGGGAGAAGGGCGUGCACAGCGGAAAAAUGGACGAAAAUCGAUUUGUGGCCGUCACCAGCAGCAACGCUGCAAAAAUAUUUAACCUUUAUCCCCGCAAAGGAAGGAUCGGCAAGGGUUCGGACGCCGACGUGGUUGUUUGGGACCCGAAGAGUAGCAGGAAGAUUUCGGCCAAGACCCACCACCAGGCCGUGGACUACAACAUCUUCGAGGGUAUGGUGUGUCACGGCGUUCCCGUGGUGACCAUCUCCAGGGGGAAGGUGGUGUACGAGGACGGGGUCCUGCUCGCUGCACCCGGUUCGGGGCGCUUCAUCCCCCGAGAGCCCUUUCCCGACUUUGUGUACAAGCGCAUAAAGCAAAGGGAACUGGUAGGAAACCCGAGCGCCGUGGUCAGAGCGCCGUACCAAGGCCCAGUCGCGUCUCCGCAGCCCCAGGACACAUCUGGGAAACACAGGCCUAGAGAUUUGCACCAGUCUUCAUUUACACUCUCAGGAGAUGAUAAGGCUAUAGGGGCCAGUCUGCAUGCCGGAAAGGAGAAGAGCCCGAAGCCAUUUCAGACCGAAUAGAAGAUAAUCAGAAUUUUAUGGGUCAGCGGCGAAGCAUGAAUCAUGGGCAGCCCACACAUCUGCGCACACGGAUGCCGACUGCGGCGUCUUUCAUCUGCGAAACCACCGUGACGUCGGCGUCAGGUGGGAGAGAAGCCAUAAAAACAGGAGAAAGAGCGACCCUCUAAAGGUGCUACUAAGUCCUUGAUAGUCGCUUGCCUCUGACAUUUAAACUGGAGCCGACAUUAGUCAUCAGCACUUAAACAGCACAAUGAAUUACCGUUCCCGAAAUAAAAUGAAAAAGAGAUGGUUUAUAUAAGCAAAGAGAAGUUCUGCAAGUCCACUAUCAUAUUUAGCAUCUCUCAAAAUGAUACAGUUCAGCAUAAUUCCUUCAUAGUUCAUUCCCGAGUAAUGAAAACUCACUUUCAUUGGACCAUAAAGCACAUUCAGUCCAAUUCCAGGUACAUGAGCAUACUUGCAUGUAUUAACAGGGUUUCAUACACACAUACAUAUACAUAUACACUCA